GAGGGGCGCUGUGUUACAUUGCAAAGCCUUUGCAAAGAUGGGGGACGACAAACCUUUUAUGUGCAGUGCUCCUGGCUGUGGGCAGAGGUUUACUAACGAGGACCACCUGGCUGUCCACAAACACAAACAUGAAAUGACGCUGAAGUUCGGACCCGCCAGAACGGACUCAGUCAUCAUUGCAGACCAGACGCCGACUCCCACUCGUUUCCUGAAAAACUGUGAAGAGGUGGGCCUGUUCAAUGAGCUGGCCAGCUCCUUCGAGCAAGAGUUCCCCAAGGCCCAGGAAGAUGAGGACAAGAGGGCCAAAAACCCGUUGCCUGCUCCGAAUUCAGGAGCCAUAGAUAUGAGUUUGCAGACGCCUUCAGACGUGAAGGUGAAGGAGGAGGACCCUGUGGAGGUGGACUCCACUCCGCCUACAAGUCCUGACUCCAUCUCCAGCAUGUCAGACAGCAGCAAAGAACCCGUAGGCAGAGGAAAGGAUUCUCCUCCAAGGCAUGCCUUCAGUUCAGCUCCAACCCCAGCCAUAGUGCGUCCUGGAUCCCUCCCUCUGCACCUGGGUUAUGACGGCCUGCAUCCCACCAUGCCUUCCCCAACCUCCGUCAUCACACACACCCCACCAUCCAACCGCACACUGGGGUCUCCAACAGUGCCAUACCCAAUGAUGAUGCUUCCCAAUGGUCAAACGGUUCCUGUGCUUCCUGGUCCUAUGCAAAUGCCCUCUGUAAUAUCAUUGGCAAGGCCCUUGUGUAUGGUGCCCAACAUUCCAGGCAUCCCCGGGCCUCCACUAGGGGGCAGCAGCAGCGGUUCGUCUUCACCCUCCGGUUACAACCCUCAUGCUGAGGCAAAGAUGAGGUUGAAAGCAGCAUUAUCUCAGCAGACAUCCUCCGCUCAGGGUUGUCUUGGUGUGGCGAUGGGCUCUAGUGCAAUGGUGCCUCAGAGGGUGGAGCAAAGCCAGCUGCUGGUUCAGCAUCCAGAUGCUCCAUCACCUGCUCAGCCACAGGUGUCUCCCGCUCAGCCCACCGGGGGUCGCAGGCGGAGGACGGCUGAUGAUGACCCCGAUGAGAGGAGGCAACGCUUUCUGGAGCGCAACAGGGCAGCGGCUUCACGUUGCAGGCAGAAACGCAAGAUAUGGGUGAACUCUCUGGAGAAAAAAGCUGAGGAGCUCACCUCCAUCAACGUCUCGCUUUCGAACGAGGUGUCUCACCUACGAAACGAAGUUGCUCAUCUAAAGCAGUUGCUGUUAGCCCAUAAAGACUGUCCUGUCACCAACCUCCAGAAGAAAGCUGCCUAUUUAGGAGACGAGCACAUGAAAGAGACAUCCGAACCCACGGGCUCCCCAGCGCCGGUCAUCCAGCACAGCUCUCUGGCCCCCAGCCCCUCGUCUGUAGUGGGACCCAAUGGCCUGAGCUCUCGUGCUGCGGCUGAAGCAGUGGCCAUGUCGGUGCUGGCAGGAAUGGGCAGCCAGCAGGGUGGCAGUGGCGGCCCAUCACACGUCAUCAUGGCCACACAAUCCCACCCGUCCAGCAGAUGAUGAGAACCUGCAUGAGACUCUCCACAUCCUGGGAGAGAGGAGAACACACUCCCUCUUGCGCCUGGAGCUCAGCUGCAUUCUGGGAAUGAAACUGGGACUAUUGUACACAUACCCACACACACACAAACACAAACAAAAUAAGAAACAAAGACGGAAGGAGAUGGUCGUUCACUAUGCCAUAGACUACGGGGACUGGACUCCAAUCCUGCUCUCUUUCGCAUCCUCUGCUCCUUCCUUCAACCUCCUCCUGCUCCUCCACUGGCUGUAGGACUGCAAAGCACUUCCUGUCAUUAACCGUAUCCUCAUAGACAGAUGCACAUACACAUGCUGCAAUAAAGACGUGCGCUCGGCGUAUGUGAAAUUCACACACAUGCAGGCCGCGUCUCAAAGUUGUGAUGAUGCAAUACUUUAUAUAUUCUUAUAUAUAUGUAUUAGUAUGUGUGUGUGUGUGUGCGAGUGUGUGUGUUUGAGAGAAACAUUGUUGCUUUAUUGUUCUUACCUUGCUAUUUUGGAGCAGGUUUUUUAGUUUUCAGGUGGCCAUGUCCCUCAUCUGACCCUCCCUCAUCUUACCUCAUUUUUAACCAGUUCUAUGCGUUUAUAAUCGGCGUGUGCUUCUCGUGUGGAUGAAUGGAAAAAUAGCAGUUUGUGAAGGACUGAUACACUAAGUCUGCCUUGUUAGCAUGCAAACGUUUUGCUAUGUAUAAAUUGUGUUGUAUUGGCACAUUGCGUUCGGUUUGGGCUUCGGAAACUCGUUGUUGUUUGUUUUGUCCUGUUAUUCUUUUCUUGUGUACGACGAACUCAGAAGCCGCAAAUAGGAGACUGUUUUCAGUUUUCUAGUUUGGACCCUUGCAAACAAGACCCUUUU